AUGUGCAAGGUUUUCCCAUCUAGCUUGGGACCAGUAGCGAUAAGGUGGUUCAAUGGCUUAAAGACGAAUUCCAUAGAUUCAUAUAGGCAGCUAACCCAAGCUUUUGGCUCCCGUUUCAUUACAAAUAGCAGAGCUCCUCGACGUUUGAAUGCUUUAUUGUCGUUAUCCAUGCAUGAUGAAGAAACUCUAAAGGCCUACUUGGACAGAUAUUGGGAGACGUAUAAUGAAAUGGAUGACAAUUUUGACGAUGUCGCCAUCAACACCUUCAAAUAUAGUCUCCCAGCUGAGCACAGCUUGAGGAAGUCUCUAACUGGCAAGCCCGCCACCAGUAUGCGCCAACUGAUGGAUCGGAUCGAUAAGUACAAACGAGUGAAGGAAGACCAGCUGCAAGGUAGAGGAAAAGAGAAGGUUAUCCCUCAAGAGAGGAGGGAUUUCAGGUCGGAUCGAUAUAAUAACAACCGUCCGAGGAGAGAUUUCGUAGGGCAAUCUGGAGUAACCAACACACACACUGUCAAUACUGUAUUCCGAGAACUAGUACAUCGGGUGUUGGAAAAAAUUAAGAACGAGCCAUACUUUAAGUGGCCGAAUAAGAUGGCAGGAAAGUCCACGAGGCGCAAUCAGAACUUUUAUUGCCAAUACCACCAGGACCACGGGCAUACCAUGGAAAACUGUAGGAACCUCUGGAACUAUCUGGACCAACUGGUCCGAGAAGGAAAGCUGAAACACCUUGUGCAUCAUCCCAGUAGUCACCAAGGCCAGACUCAUCAGGAACCCCAGAGAGAUAUUGUCCUAAGGCCACCCGUAGGGACGAUCAAUGUAAUCUUGGCCGCGCCAGGAAGAACAAGCACGUGCCCUUCACGAGUGUUAUCUGUGGCUCGACGGCCUGCUGAAGAGUCCCAGCCAAAGCCGAAGAGGGCCAUAAUGAAUUUUCAUCCAAUCUUGAGUUUUUCAGAAGAGGACAAGAUCGGAACCAUCCAGCCCCACGACGAUGCGCUGUUGAUCACUCUCAGAAUCGGGGACUAUGAUGUAAAAAGAGUGAUGGUGGAUGGUGGCAGUGGGGCCGAUGUUAUGUACCCCAACCUCUACAAGGGGCUGGGGUUAAAACCGGAAGAUUUGAUGCCCUAUAACUCUCCUCUGAUGAGCUUCGAUGGGAAGCUUGUCAUUCCAAAGGGCAUGAUUAGGUUGCCCAUUCGGACCGGCCUAGAGAUAGUGGAGGUGAACUUUAUCGUGGUGGAUACCUACUCUCCCUACACAGCCAUCGUCGGUAGGCCCUAG